UUCAAGCAUGAUUGUUCUUGGCGCGAGAUAUCUUCAGCACUUGGCCAUGUCGUACCGUCGUGCAAGCUUCAACACUCACCAGCGUUACGGAUAGCCCCCCCGUCUGGUGGAGGCAUCGGACGAACCCGAUGAACAAGAAGAGAGGACGGAGCUUGCGCCCCUGGCUUGGCACGGCCGACAGAGCGUUGUGCUCCACCCGCGACGAGUCAACGACCCUGCCUGCGGCUUUCCGAUAAUCACUCGUCCGUGGUCGGGUGGCCGUUUCGUGGGGUGCGAUCCCUCCGCCUGGUCAAUCGUCUUCCGGGGAACGACUCCGGCCGUAUCCUGACAGGAAGUCCGAGGCACCACCAUUAUUUAUCCCUUACCCUUACUAUAACCCUUGACCUGGACCUGAACCUGGACUUGGACUUGGAUCAAACCUGAAGGAUUCCAGCCCCUGCGCAGUGGCUCGGUGGGAGGCAGAAGAGGAAGAGACGACGAAGACGAAGAACAAAAAAAAAGGAGACCUUCACGCUGUCUGUUCGCCCGGUAGACAUGUCGGCAAACCCCCGAGAAUUCGGCAAUGACGAUCCUUCGCAAUGACCGACGGAACAGGCUGAAGUUGGAGUGACCGUCGGACGGGGGAUGAUGGACAUUAACGUUCCUGUAUCCAUACUGCGCUGAAGAAGGUGGGACGACGAGACAGGGUUGGUUAAUGCAACGUCCCUUGCCAUUGGCGAAUCGAAUCCGCUUCGAGAGUGCGGCCCGGUCAAUCUGUAUGUCGCACCCAUUCUCAUGUUUCCAUGCAGUGCAGAGACGGCCAACCGCCUCGACUUCUACAGUAGUGCUUAUUCACAUCUCGAGGCACGCGAGACAAGUUUGUCCACCCCCCCCCGUGAGCCUUUCUUCCUUCCCAUAUUCCUCCUUUGCGCUUCAGUUGGUUCCCUCCCCCUCUGGUCGGUCGAGCAUCUUCUUUUUCUCCCAGUCGGCUAUUUUGAUUCCAAGGCCCACGUUCAGCCUGGGAGUUGGUGUUACAGUACCCUUUUUCUAGGACCCCGUGUGCAAGUCGCCCAUCCUCAUCCGCCUUUUCCAAUGGAGACUCUCGACUUCGUUGUCAUCGGAGCAGGAUGGUACGGUCUGGCUGCGGCCAAGACUCACCACAAGCUUCACCCCCAAAACUCGCUGGCCCUCUUCGAGCAAGCCUCGUCCGCUGGCGGAGUAUGGGCCGAGCAUCGUCUCUACCCGGGGCUCAAGAGCAACAACAUGCUCGGCACCUACGAGUACCCCGACUUCCCCAUGGACCCCGAGACCUUUGGCGUCCUGCCCGGUCAGCAUAUCCCCGGCCAGGUUCUGCACGACUACCUGACCAAGUUCGCCGAGACCUUCGGCAUCUUGGACAAGAUUCGCUUCCACCACAAGCUCCUCUCGGCCGAGCACCAGACCAACGGCGGCUGGCUCCUGACGGUUCUCAACGGCAAAGACGGCAAGGAAGUCCAGGUCCUCGCCAAAAAGCUCGUCGUUGCAACCGGCCUCACCUCCGAGGCCUUCCUGCCCAACUUUGACGGCCAGGAGACCUUCGGCGCCCCCAUCUUCCACGGCAAGGAUUUCCUCCAACAUGCUGAUACUCUUGACUCGGCCAAGUCUGUGACCGUCUUCGGCGGCACCAAGUCGGCAUGGGAUCUCGUCUACGCCUACGCGAUCAAGGGCAUUAAAGUGAACUGGGUCAUCAGAGAGUCGGGUCACGGCCCUGUGUGGAUGGCGCCCCCAUACGUCACGCCUCUGAAAAAGUGGCUCGAGAAGCUCGUCCACACCCGCGCGCUGACCUGGUUCAGCCCCUGCUCGUGGGGCGACGCCGACGGCUAUGUCAAAACGAGGAACUUCUACCACGGCACCGCCAUCGGCCGCGGCAUCACCAACAACUUCUGGAGCGUCCUCGGCAACGACGUCAUCACGCUCAACAAGCUCGACUCGCACCCGGAGCUUAAGAAGCUGAAGCCCUGGAGCGAGGCCAUGUUCACGGCGUCCAGCUUCUCCAUCCUCAACUACGAGACCGACUUCUUCGACCUCAUCCGCGACGGCACCGUCGAUGUCCACAUCGCCGACCUCACCAAGCUGUCGCCGAGCACCGUCCACCUCUCGGACGGCUCGUCCUUGAAGUCGGACGCGCUCUGCUGCGCUACCGGAUGGAAGCAGUUCCAGCCCAUCAAGUUCUUGCCCGAGGGCAUCGAGAAGGACCUCGGCAUCCCCCACGCGCCCUCCGCUGACAGCUUCCCUCCCGCCGAGAUGACCGAGACCAUCGACAGGGAGAUCCUGGACCGCUGGCCCCGGCUCGGGGACCAGCCCGUCCAGAACAAGAAGAUGAAGCCGCUCGUGGAGAACGAGGGCGUCUCGACGACCGACGCCGUCAACCCGUACACGCCGCUCACCCCCUACGUCCUCCAUCGCUUCAUGGUGCCGCCGUCCUCCAAGCUCCUCGCACACCGCGACAUCGCCUUCGCCGGCGUCUUGAUGAACUUCACCGUGGCCAUGAUCUCGCACGUGCAGUCUCUCUGGAUCGACGCCUACUUCCACGACCAGCUCCCUUCCGUCCGCGAGGCCGCCUCCAACCCCGAGGCACUGCAGAAGCUGCGGUACGAGACCGCCCUGCACAGCCGGUUCUGCAAGUGGCGGUACCCCGCCGGCCACGGCGACAAGUUCCCCGACUUCGUCUUCGACGCGGUCCCGUACAUCGACCAGCUCGUGGGCGACCUGGGACUGAAGGUGUACAGAAAGAACGGCAUGGUCGCCGAGGCAUCCGAGCCGUACGGCCCCGAUGACUACAAGACCCUGGUUGACGAGUGGACGGAUAAGCAGGCCGCUGGUCAAUAAAGACGGACGGGAAUCUGAGUGAUUCGUAUGAUAGCACAGACUAAUGGCAGAUACCCUAUUUGGUUUUCGUAAAGUAGUGCCUGUUGCUCGGGCCCUAGUGAGGUUGGUUGGUGGCAGAAUCAGGCAGCAGUCUCACCGCCAGGUUUGAGCUACCAACAUGUAGUACGGUAGAUUCAACGUU